AUGAGGUUUUCCCUGUCUUUGGCCUUUUUGGUGUCUGCGCUGCUGGCUGUUGCGGCCGAAGCUCAAAACGGUAGUGCCAUCUUGAACGCUGUAGCCCAGCUUCCCACAUGCGCGGUUACGUGUAUCUUGUCCGCUGUUAAAGAUUCGCCAUGCGGGUUGACCAACACAACAUGUAUCUGCAACGAUUCGAAAUUUGAGUCAACGACAGAGAGCUGCAUAACUGGAGCGUGUAGUAUCAAAGACACACUUCAUGCCAAAGCCGUUUUCGAGACUACUUGCGAUAAACCUGUCAGGGAUCACAGCGCAGAAUAUGUCCGGCUUACGUGGGUAUUGCUGGGACUCACGACAUUCGUGGUCGCAGCUCGCUUGAUAUACAAGUACUUCUCGUCAGCGCAGCUCGGACUCGAUGACCUGUUCACCUUCCUCGCCUACCUGGCCGUCCUUCCGUCGUUCAUCAUCAAUCUGGUUGGAAUUCUCCCUGCCGGCCUUGGCAAAGAUAUCUGGACCCUCACACCACAUCAAAUCGAGAGCUUCGGUUAUUGGUUCUACAUUGUGGAGCCAAUGUACUUCGUACAGAUGGGCCUUGUUAAGAUGGCAAUUCUAUGCUUCUACAUGCGCAUCUUCGACCGGACUGGACUUGGAAAGCUCCUUUGGGGCACGGCUGCCUUCAAUGCCGUCAACACCUUCGUGUUUCUUAUGGUCGGCAUUUUUCAAUGCACACCUAUUCACUAUUACUGGACUAGAUGGGAUGGUGAGCAUCGCGGUACAUGCAUCAACAUCAAUGCGGUUCCGUGGGCGAAUGCCAUCAUCAGUAUUGUACUAGACCUGUGGAUCCUAUACCUUCCUCUGUCUCGAAUCCGGACUCUCAACUUGCACUGGUGGAAGAAGCUAGCUGUCACGCUUAUGUUCUGUGUCGGUACUUUCGUCACCGUUGUCAGUAUCCUGAGACUUCAGUCACUGGUCCGGUUCGCAAACUCCUUGAACCCUACAUGGGAUCAGUUCGAUAUUGCAUUCUGGACAUGUCUUGAGGUUCCCACCGGCAUCAUCUGCUGCUGUCUUCCAGCCAUCCGUCUCAUCCUUAUCCAGGUUUUCCCCAAGCUUUUCGGAAUGCUCACCAAGCGCUACGAUACACCAAAGUACGCUGGAUCACCCUCAAGCGGCGCGGAUGGCAGUCGAAGCACGAAUCGGAUGUCUCGUCCUCCUCUGGCCGACUCUUCGACCACGGAGCUGCAACUUUCUCUACGAGGUGACAAAGAACUCGUCUGCACUAAGAACUUUGCGCUGGAGACUCAUGGCACAUCGAGUCUCUACGGGAUGCAAGAUCUCGAGUCCGGAAGUGCCAAGAAUAGUCUUUCACAAAGCCACAGAUCAACGUCGAUCUCACACACUUCCAGUUCUGUCUCGGAUGACGGUGCACCUGACGGAAACAGUCUGGCCCCUCCGAACACUAAGCAUAUCUAG